GUACGAAGGCAAGACCGGACCACCAAUAUCGGCCGCGGACGACCAUAGCAGUGUGAAUCACACCUUCGAAAGAUCAUCACUGCACCCUAGUACUUAUCUGGAAGCUGCAUUCUCCACAACACUUCUGACUCUGUCUCUUCCUUCAUUCUUAAGUCUAAUCUCGGUCGUCUGCCAAGCUACUCUUUUGUUCAAUCCGUCUCCGAUUGAUCAUCCAUACAUUUCACUACCAUCAUGGGCGUCUACUACGAAACAAUACCAGACAGCCUCAAGCCAUGGAUCCAUAAACAACAAAUGCUCCUAGUCGGUACCGCCCCUCUUUCUGGUGACGGCCACAUCAACAUCUCGCCCAAAGGCGGCACAGACUUCUUCGGCGUCCUCUCCCCAACACAGUUCUGGUACAUGGACCUCUCCGGCUCCGGCAUCGAAACCCACGCGCACCUCCACGAAGAAGGCAACGGGCGUAUCUGCGUCAUGUUCAUGGCCUUCGAGGGCCCGCCCCAAAUCGUCCGAAUCUGGGGAGAGGGAAGGCCGAUCGAGAACGGCACACCAGAGUACUCCCGCUUUGUGGAAGAGCAUAACGUCAAGACUAUCCCCGGGAGUCGGUCGAUCAUAUUGAUUGACGUCCACCAAUGCGCAACCUCCUGCGGCUUCAGCGUCCCGUACUACGACUUUGUCGGCCACCGACCCAUUCUUAACGACUUUUUCGAGAAAAAAGACGCCAAGUUCCGCGCUGGCGAUGAAAAGGAGUCUAUGGACCGCUACUGGGCGUGGAAGUCAGCGCGAAGUGUGGAUGGUAUGCCCGGCAUGAAGAGGGGCGUUGAGUUUGCGGAGCAGAAUGCAGUGGCGCCGCUGAAGAAGUGGAAGGGUGUGUAUGCGCCGGGGGGGCCGAAGGCUUGGGGGGUGAGACAGGUGCAGGAGCACACGGAUAAGGGGUUAGUGUUUUUGGUGCUGCUUUUGGGGAUUGUCAUUGGUGGGGCGUUGAGUUUGAGUGUGGUGACGCCGGAGAGGCUGGAGGUUUUGCAGGGAAAGGAGAAGUUGUGGUAGGGUGUUUGUGUGUAGGUUCUUCGACUGAUUUUCUUAGAUGUGAUGAAUAGCACAGUAUAAUUUUUUGCAGCUGAGCUUGUCCACAUAGCACUUCUUGUCUGUGGGAGCCGGUGAACAUUUUUGGUUCAGGGCGGGUAACGCUCCGACUUACUCCACUUGUAAUACCUGUUGUAGGAUGUGUUAGAAACCCAGAAGGGAAUAUUGGACUACAAGAUAACGCCACUAACGCUUACAUGUUGGCUGAAUGCGCUUUGCAUUUCGACGCGUCGAGC